UAGACAACUUUAAAUGCGCCAGCCUGGCUGCGGCAGGAGAGGGAAGCUUUGCUGGAUCUCAAAGUUUGAAGAAGAGAACGCUGCAGAUUAUAAUAUUACAAAGUCAACGAGAUGUCAAGCGAAAGGCCGCUUAAAGAGCUCCCAUGUCUGAGCGAUAAUUUGGAGGGAUCCCUGUGCUGGCCGCAGAGGACUAAAUUGAAAAGAAAGCCCUCCUGCAGUGGGAUGCUUGACACUGAAAACACUCCAAACGAGCUCAUCCAGCAGUGGUCGCCCCCACACAAAAAGUCCCUGACUUCUGCCAAAGGGAAAGAAAAUGAGGAAAACGUUUUUGUUCUUGCCAGACGUCCCAGGAAAAAGAGAGAAUCAACAGCAGGCCUGUGUUGGGACAGUCUGCCAGAUGAGCUGCUGCUCGGCAUCCUAUCUCACCUCUCACUGAAAGAUCUUCUCAGGACGUCCCGCGUCUGCAAGCGCUGGCAUCGUUUAGCGUUUGAUGAGUCUCUGUGGCAUAGUGUUGACUUGGUGGGAAAAGCUCUGUUAGAUGCUGAGCUUGGGCAGGUGCUCUCUGCUGGGGUCUUGAGACUGCGCUGUCCACACACCUGCAUCGGCCAACCCAGUUUUAAAAGUACAGAAAAGCUUCAUGUCCAACAUAUGGAUUUGUCAGGCUGCACAGUGGAGACCUCAGUCUUAGAAGACAUCCUGUCCCGUUGUAGACAUCUACAGAAUCUCAGUCUUGAGGGUUUGUUGCUCUCUGAUAGCAUUAUUCACUAUCUGUCUCAAAACCCUGAGCUUGUCCGACUGAACUUGUGUGGUUGUUCUGGCUUCUCAUCUGAACCUCUGGCUGAGAUGCUAAAAUUGUGCACCAGACUUGAAGAAAUAAACGUGUCAUGGUGUGACUUCAAAGGUCUCCAUGUUCAGGCCAUUGCUAACAACAUUCCCUCCAGUGUCACUCAACUGAACAUCAGUGGUUACAGACAAAACCUCAGCAUGGAAGAAGUCAAGUCCAUAGUGGAAAGAUGUCCAGAUCUCACAAACUUGGAUUUAAGUGACAGCGUACUUGUGACAACAGACACUUUCCCAGUCCUGCAGCAGCUUUACUCCCUUAAACAUCUGGCCCUAAGCCGCUGUUAUCAGAUCCACCCAGCAUCUCUUGUUGACUUUGAAAAGUUUCCAAAUUUGCAGACCCUGGAGGUCUUUGGGCUAAUACAGGAUAGCUACCUGCCCAUUCUUAGUAAAGGUCUACCACACAUACAGAUCAACACUCUGCCUUUCUCUACUAUAGCACGUCCCAGUUCAUCGAUGCGGAAGGAUCACACUCUUUGGGGAAUGCACUGUUGGCUUGUGUACAAACAUUAAUGUUUUUUUCCAGGACGAUUAUAGGGUAAACAAAAAAUCUUGAUGGUUUAACUCUCUACUCCUGUUUCCAUUUUGAAUUACUUGUGAUUUUAAAUGUCUUAAACAUCACUGGUACCCACCAACUUUUUUUAAAAUAUAUAUUUUUAAAUGCUUUCAAUUUUUGUAAAGAUGACAAUGGUGUUACAGGUCCUGACAAUCUUGAAUCGAGUGGUAUUUUAGUCAUUUACACUGCAGUGAAGGUGAAUGUGUUAAAUUGUAAUUGAUGGAAUCUGGCUACACAUUUAAAUUUUAGUGAUCUGUUAGCUUUGAAUGUUUGGUAUCAUCCAGUAGGUGUUCAUUUUUGAAAAUGUUGCAAGUUUCACUAGUUGUGUUGGUUCAAAUGAAAUCUAGAUAGGUUCUACUUGUCAAAUACAAGAUCUGUGUUUUCAUGUCAGGAUCAAGUAUUGAGGUAUUAAGUUUAAAAAUGAAAUGGUUUUAUGGUAGUCUUUUAUACUGUUCCAGAAUUUUGUGGGUACACAAAAGCAUUAAACCAGGUCAACAAAUGUUUCCGCAAGAGAUGUAUUGUGAAUCGCAUUUCUUCCAUUUUCCUGACCAGUUUUAACAUGGGAAAACUUGAAUGAACUGCGCUUGUCAAUAGCAAUGUAUUUUUAUAAGUUUACAAGGUCUGAAUUGUAAAUAAAUGCUUUUAUUUAAAGCCAUUCUCAUA